AUGGUCCAGAGUUAUCUCAAGCACGGUCCCACACAGGCGUUUGGAGUUGUCUGUAGUUCGUCUUCCAAUUCAGUUUUCGAUGGCAAAUUGGCAUAUGUACCUGCAUUGGAAGAUGUCCUUGUGUGGGAUGUAAAAAAGGGCCAGAUGCUAUCUAUGUGGCAUGAAACAGGACAUAGAGAGGAAGUCACUUGCAUAGUCCAAUCCCCUCAGCCAGAUUCGUUCGCGGUCGGAUACGCUGAUGGUUCUAUUAGAUUGUGGAGUGCGUCGACUGCUUCUGUAUUAACAACGUUCAACGGCCACAAAAAAUCUGUUACUUCUCUUGCAUUUGAUAAAACUGGAACUCGUCUCGCCUCUGGGUCACAAGAUACAGACAUCAUUUUGUGGGACGUCGUUGGGGAGGCUGGUUUAUACCGACUUCGUGGUCAUCGCGAUCAGAUCACCGCCAUUCAAUUUCUUUCCACCUCUGAGGACCAACCAUCUACAUCUACAUCUACAGCGCCUGCCCUCCUUGUCACUGCUUCGAAAGAUACUUUUAUGAAACUUUGGGACUUGACUACUCAACAUUGCGUUCAAACUGUUGUUGCACAUCGCUCUGAAAUUUGGUCAUUAGCAAUCAAUCAAGAACAAAACCUCAUUUUCACUGGUAGCGGUGAGGGAGAACUCAAAGUCUGGAAAUUUGACCGCGAAGCUUUGGCAAAAGGCCUUAAAGAAACCGAAACUGGAGAGGUCGCAAAGAUGAUAGAACCUGUGUCAAGUCUUCCUCUUGCUUCGAAGCACAGGGUUUCACAAAUUCAAUUUCAUCCUGUUCAACCAUAUUUUGCGGUUCAAUCCCAUGAUCGGUCUGUCGAAAUCUUCCGUAUCCGAACAGCAGGCGAAGUUAGAAAAAAGCAGGCCCGAAGGAAGAGGCGUUUGGAAGAGAAGAAGCGUCAAGAAAUGACCAAGGUCGAUGGUGUUAAAAUGAAUGCGGAAGAUAACAAUGAGGGUGUGGAUAUGGAGAGCAACAUAGUGGAUUUCAUCACCCCCCACCUUGUUGUACGGGCAAGUGGCAAAAUCCGGUCAUUUGACUUUCGAUCAAUUCAGUCAUCGUCCAAGGGUGUCGCCCAGAUCCUUGUUGCAUUGUCUUCAAAUGCUUUGGAAGUUUACAAUAUACCACAUCCAACCAAAUCAAAAGACGAACCUCCAGAAGCUACCCGCAACUUUGUUGUGGAUCUUCCGGGACAUAGAGCAGAUGUUAGAACGCUGUGCCUUAGCUCUGACGAUCAGAUACUGGCCUCGGGAUCCAAUGGUUCGGUAAAAAUUUGGAACAUGAAAACGACACAGUGUAUACGCACUAUAGAGUGUGGAUAUGCUAUCUGUAGCACAUUCCUGCCUGGGGACCGACAUAUUGCUGUUGGGACUAAGUCUGGAGAAAUUCUCAUCUACGAUAUUGCAUCGUCGACUCUCAUUGAAACCAUAAAAGCUCAUACCGCAACUGUUUGGUCCAUGCACGUACGCUCAGACGGUGAAGCUCUUGUUACUGGGAGCGCGGAUAAGGAUGUCAAAUUUUGGUCAAUAGAACAGAAAGAUGCUACCGAAGAAAGCGUACAAAGUGGAAAGCUUCUUUCUUUGACACACAUACGCACGUUGAAAAUGGCGGAUGAUGUGCUAGCUGUCCGUUAUAGUCCCAACAGCAAGUUCUUGGCUGUUGCUCUUUUGGAUUCAACCGUGAAGGUGUUCUAUCAAGACAGCUUGAAAUUUUUUUUGUCUUUAUACGGACACAAGUUGCCAGUACUUUCCAUGGACAUAUCAGAUGAUUCCAAGUUGAUUGUGACCUGUUCUGCAGACAAGAAUGUGAAAAUCUGGGGCCUGGACUUCGGAGACUGCCACAAAUCCAUCUUUGCACAUGAGGAAAGUGUGAUGCAAGUUGCGUUUGAAAAAAAUUCACACUACUUUUGGACCGUUGGAAAGGACAAACUACUCAAGUAUUGGGAUGGUGACAAGUUCGAGGGAAUCCAAAAGCUCGAAGGCCACCAUGGUGAGAUAUGGGCACUAACCCUCAGUCAUCACGGUAAUUUUGUCGUCACUGGAUCACACGAUAAAUCCAUUCGAGUUUGGGAAAAGCUUGACGAACCGUUGUUCCUUGAAGAAGAACGGGAAAAAGAGCUCGAAAAGCUCUACGAAAGCGGGAUUGCUGAUGCACUGAAUCGUGUGGAUGGGCCGGUUGGGAGCGGCGUUGAGGGAGACACAGCCAACGGUUCUAUGGAAGCCGAAGCCUCGGCGGUAUCGAAACAAACUACUGAAACCCUCAUGGCAGGAGAAAAGAUCAUGGAAGCCAUUGAACUCGCAGAUACUGAGCGUGAAACGUUCAGAGAAUAUGAACAAGCCAUGGCGAAACUGUCGGAAGACGACGCAAUGCGUAUGCAACCUCCAGCUAGAAAUCCAUUGCUAGCGGCGUACGAUCUGGAACCUGAAGCAUACGUUUUAAGAGUUGUCGAAAAGGUUCCCAGCACCGCAUUGCAGGAUGCUCUCCUUGUUCUACCUUUUGACAAGGUUGUGUCACUUAUGGUGUACUUAAACAUCUGGGCACAAAAAGGUUGGAACAUUACGUUGGUAUCACGAAUUAUUUUCUUCCUCCUCAAAACCCAUCAUCAUCAAAUUGUUGCCAACCGCAUUAUGAGAACAACAUUAAUCCCUCUUCGAACACAUUUGCGCCUUGCUCUGCAAAAGCAGAAGGACGUAAUCAGCUAUAAUCUAGCUGCAUUACAUUUUAUUCGACGCAAAAAUGACUCGGAACGGACCGCUCAAUUCUAUGAAGAAGAAAAUAUGGACGAAGAAAAAGUAAAAGCUAUGAUUGCCGAGGGUAAAAAGCGCAAGAGAGUCAAUCUCAAGGCUUUCUCUUAG